AUGCAGAUGGAUAGCGGGCAGAUCUCGUCCGUGGGCAGGGAGAAUAAGGAUUUGCUUGACGCUCUUUAUCGUCACCGCGAGAUCCUAAGGCUCGAGACCAAUUUGCUGAGGGGAGAAAUCGCGUCCCGGAAUCUGGCGACCGUUGCUGGGAAGAAGGCCUAUCUGAAGAGUCAUUCCGACGGAAGAUCACUCUCCGGCGCACCAUCUCAGUUGGUCGAGCAGUCGUCCGUCCAUCAGAUUGCGGAUUUGCCACUGGUGAGUUUGCCCUAUCUUGUUCCUAAUCAGGAGGGGGCCCUCGAUCUGCUCUUGCACGAGACGCACAAAUUCGCCUACCGGCUCCAAUCUCUGAAGAAAGAAUUCGGUGUCACCAUCCCUCUGGAGAAGCUCAGAUUGCUGCUUCUCCUCUCGCAAGAAUGUUUCAGAAUCUCCAAAACCAUAGGGACGCAUGGAUCGCCAGUUUCUUGUGAAUCUUCUGAGGAUGCUGAAAUUUCUCUCUUCAAUGAGCGCCGUAUCUGCUGGGAAAAUACUUGGGGCAGUCCUGUGUUUAGGUGUGGCAGCUUCAACGACAUAACCACACUGUCUCCUAUGUACUUCACGCACUCUGCACCCCGUGUCAUCGAAUCCACUCGCUACAUCACCAAGGCCUUGCAGAUCUACUCCUUCAAAAUCUCUGACCUAAAUGGCUACUGGAAGUGGCCACUCUGUGUGUACGGCGUGGUCGCUGCUCGAGACGCUGUGGACUGUAACCGCAACCUUCUCUUCUCUCGCUCCAGGGCUAACUGCCAAGUAGUCACUGAAAAGGAUCCUUUUUUGCACCUGACUGGCCCUUCUGGUGCAAUUGUCGCUGACGAACCUGUUGACUUUGAAGUCGAGCUAAAGAUAAAAUUUGGAACAGAUCAGUCCCAAGAUAUAGCAUUGAUCAGUGAUACUAACCACUACACUUCUAGAGGUGAUGCUGCUUUUUUCUCUGGCCGCUCUUGUUCGGCAACAUUGAGGCUUGAGACAGUUCCUAGAGCGGCCCAGGCAACUAUAUUGUCUAUUCGAGUGGUUGGAGGAGUGUCUCUUUUCGAAUUUGGAGGCCGGGUUGCUUGCUCGUUCUCUACUGAAAAGUAUGUUGAUCCCACAUGCGAGCAAGUUGUGCUGGUUGAGUCUGCUGAAAAGAUUCCUGAGGAUGAUGGUUACCUUCCACUGUCAAGGAAGGUUGUUACGGCAGGACUACAAGGAGGAUUGCAAGUUGCCAUACAAGCCUAUGGGGGAUCUCACCGUCCAUCCGUAUCCGGUCUUCUUUACUUCCCUUCCCAGUAUUGCAGGGUAAGUCGGCGCACAUGCUUGGUCGGUGGCUUUGAGGUGGAGGUAACUGUUGCUUGGUCGUGGUUUGUACAGGACAAGAUGGAAAUCUUGUGA